AUGUCCACUAUCAAGCUGGACCACAUUGAGCUCCUCACUGGUGCAUCCAACUACAAAUCUUGGAAGCGUGGAAUCAGCCAGGUCCUUCAGGGCAAAGGAUACUGGGGACAUGUUGAAGGUGACACCAGGAUGUAUGCGCCUUUUCCUCAGUCUCUCAAACCUCCCACAUGCGACGCAUUGUCCACCUCUGCACAGAUCAUGGCCUACCAGGAGUGGUGGCAGAAGGACUCCAAGGCCCGAAUGAUUGUCAAGAGGCAGAUAAUACCGCUCAUCCUCAAUCUCCUUCCACAAGGGGUUUCCAUCACAGCGCGCGUCAUCUGGACCAGUAUCACCACUCUGUAUGCACGCACGGAUGUCCUAGCUCAAUUUGAACUUCGCGACAAGCUCAGCGCAAUGAAGCUCAAAGAUCAUUGCGAUCUAGAGCGGUACCUUGGCGAAUUCAAGGUCAGCCGUGUCUGUCUCGUUCAGAUGGGGGUUGCUAUCUCCGAACUCGAGCUCGUUCACUCCGUCCUUUGUGGGCUUCCUCUGCACGGUACCUGGGCAAACUUCAGGCAGCUAAUGAGCCAACUCAUACAAGAUCACAUUGACAUGCAGGCUAGUUUCUCGAUUGCACCUGCUGUUCCUGAUGCUCUUCUUGAUCAGAUCAUGUUGCAUCUCACUACCGAAUGUCAACACCUUGACUUCGAAAAGGCCAGGAAGGCUGGGCCAGGGUCAGAAUUUGCCAACUUUGCUGGAAACACAAACAAUGGAGGCAUCAGAAAACAUCUGAACAACCCCAACGGCGUCAUCUGCAGUGUCUGUAACCUCAAAUUGCACGACAAGGAUCACUGUUUUGCGAAGGGUGGCAGCAUGGAGGGCCUUGGCCCAAAAGGACGAGCCACUGUCGACGGCACCUCUUCUGUCACAAAGGCACCUGCAGUCAUUAAAUCUGAAGUUGCGGCAUUUGCCUCUGCCUCGGGGCCUGUCCAAUCUGCUUCCGUGGGACCAACUGGGUUCAUUGGGGACCUCUCAUGCGCUUCCAUCGACUUGGCUGACCCAUCCCUCGCUGACCUCGCUCUCAUCGUUGAGCACAACUGGAUGACACUUCUUGACAGCGGUGCAUCCUCCCAUCUCAUCCACGCCUGUGAAUUGUUCUGGAGUUAUCACCCAGACAGGGCUUGUGAUGUCAAAACCGCAAAUCACGGGACUCUGCACACCCGGGUGGCAGGCAACUGUCUUGCUCAUCUCACAUUCAAUAACAAGUCAACCAUACUGAAGUUGUGCGACUGCCUUCAUGCCCCUGAUGCCUGCGUUAACCUGCUUUCCAUUGGGCGCUUCGUCUCAAAGGGCAUAAGCUGCUUAUUUGCUGACAAGCAGGUGGUGAUUUCGAAGGGUGCCAUGGGACUGGGCCAGGGGCCCAUGGUUGGGAAUAUCUUUGUUGUCGACGUUGAGUUCCUCCGACCCUCCAUACCUGUCAGUGAUCAGAUUUACAAACCUGUACCCAACAUUGCAUGCUUCAACUCUGUAGCCGUCAACUUGGACCUCUGGCAUCACCACCUUGGUCAUGCAGGUGAGGGGACGACUAGGAGCCUUCUCAAAUCAACUACCGGUGUCUCGUUCCCAUCCAACGACACACUCUCCAAGUGCGAGCCAUGCAUCAUUGGGAAGCAUGCACAUUCUCCUGCACCAUCAUCUGCUGGCCCCAAGACCACGAAACUCCUCGAACUCAUUCACUGCGACCUCUUUGGACCCUUUCCUGUUGAAACCCCACACAGAAAGCUGUAUUUCAUCAUUUUCCUUGACGAUUUCUCAAACAUUGUCAAUGUCCAGCUUCUUGCAACAAAGGAUCAGGCAUUCAAUGCAUGGUUGCUGGUUCAGGAAAAGUGGGAGAACAAACUCUGUUUGAAAGUCAGAUGGUUCAGGACAGCCGGCUCGGCAUUCGAAAACCACUUCGAGCCAGUCUUCAGAGCCGAGAACAGUACGGUCUCCUCAACCCAGACUUGGGACACCAAUCCUAACCCAAGCAGCACACCGUCUGGGAUCCCCGACUCCUUCGAUCACCACAGGAGGAGCCAGGACAAGGAACAGCUGAGAGUUCCCCCGAGUUCCCAGAGCGACCCUCCCCUACCGACUACGACGCGGACGUCUCUUUUGGCAAUAACUGAUCGAACAGCGACCCCAGCAGUUCUUGCCCACGCUUUCUCCGAAGUCCAACAAACACUUCAAGGUUUUCCAGUACCAGAAAUCACCCUAUCUCAUUUUUCCUUGCCUCUCACUUUCUACCGAACAAUCAUCAACCCCUCUGAGUUAGGUCAGGAGGAGAAGAAAUUCAAGGAACCCUCUGGCCCCUUCCACAACAAGAAAGGCAAGAAGAAACAGAUUUGGGAAGAUUCUGACGACGAAGACAAUUCUCUACCCCCACGCCCACCAAGACCACCGAAACCACCUUCAGGUUCACCUCCACCACCACCUCCAGGAUCAUUAGCCGUUUCAGGAAUGGCAUCGAACUCAUCCGAGUUAAAAGUCAAUAAACCCUUUGACUUUGAUGGAAAUCCUAAGCGGUACCGACCAUGGCUUAGGAGUGUUCUCCUUUAUUUGUCUGCAAACAGCGGGAAAUAUGAUGACAACAAGAAGAAGAUUUUCUUCACGCUCACCUUUAUGACUAAAGGUGCAGCUGAAGCAUGGGCACAAGCUUAUGUCGACAAACAGGUCGCUUCUGCUGCGACUGUUCCAUCAACUUCCACUUCUACCGCUGUGACAAAGAAGAAGGUCACUACCGACUUUUCAACUGGAACUUGGACAAGUUUUCUUGAAAAACUCGAAGAAUCAUUCGCCCCCAAUGACGAAUCAGGAGAUGCCCGUCAUAAACUCAAAGGAAUCAGACAAGGAAACCGAACAAUUUCCGAGUAUGUCACCGAAUUCGAAAUGACUUGGACCAAAGCCGGAAUGGAUGGAGCUGAAGCCAAAAUGGAAGCUUUCAAGGAAGGUCUUAAUCGCAAGUUAUUCGAACACAUCCUUAGUGGAGAAACUGUACCCGACACGUAUGCAGAUUGGAAGAAGAAAGCCCAACAUUUCGACCAUGCUGAACGUCGAAAGAACCAGGCUUUAGGACGCUACACAGGAAACCGAACUCAAUCAAAGCCUACCUACCGUGGAUAUAACGGAGGAGGAGGUUAUCGACAACAAUACCAAAAACCCGCACCGCCACCAGGCGCUGGCGCUUCGAAAGACCCAUGGGCUAUGGACGUUGAUGCUUUGAGCACCCUCCCAUUUGGACAAGCAAUAAAGGUUGCUAUCAAUGCCAUGACUCCCGAGGAAUACGCCGAAUGCAAGCGCAAAGGGUUAUGUUUCUUUUGUAGGCGCUCAGGACAUACUUCCCGAGAAUGCCCUCUUCGGAAGCAACAGCAGUCCUCUAGACCACAACAACAAUCUUCUUCCAAACAGCAUCCGAACCAGCAACGAUCCCGACCUCCACCAAUGCAGUCGAAGAACAAGGGCAAGCCUAAUCCCAAAGGCAAGAAGUUUACUGGACGACAACUUCACACCCAUAUUCGAUCGCUCAUCGCAGAAUUGAGUGACGAUGAAUAUGAAGAAUGGCAGAAAGCAGCGGAUACCACAGAAGACGAAGAUGAGGAUUUUUAA